CUACCUAGGGAGGUGAGAAUAAGCAGUCGCGAGUACAUUAGAUGUUGCAUAGGGGGGCUUCGGCCGCCCAUUAACCAACACACCCACCCUUCUGAGUUGAGUUCUGUUCUUCCUCUCUCCCGUCUCAAUGGGACGCACUGGAUCAGGGAAGCUCAGAGACAUCCUUGGUCUAAUCAAGGACAAGGCUUCCCAAAGCAAAGCAGCCCUCCUCUCCAAUCCCUCCACCCUUUCUUUCCACCUAUCCCUCCUCCGCGCCACCACCCACGACCCCUUCUCCCCUCCCCUCCACAAGCACCUCUCCGCCAUCCUCUCCUUCGGCCACUCCUCUCGCGCCACCGCUUCCUCAGCCAUCGAAGUCCUCAUGGACCGUCUCCAGACCACCCGCGACUCCUGCGUCGCCCUCAAGUGCCUCUUCAUCGUCCAUCUCGUCCUCGUGCGCGGCGACUUCAUCCUCCAGGACCAGCUCUCCAUCUACCCCUCCACCGGCGGAAGAAACUACCUCAAGCUCUCCAACUUCCGGGACAAUUCCAGCCCCUUAACUUGGGAGCUCUCCUCCUGGGUACGUUGGUACGCGCAAUACAUCGAAACCCUUUUAUCUACCUCUAGAGUUUUGGGCUUCUUUAUUGCUUCCUCUUCGUACAGUUCAGAGAAAGAUAAGCAGGAAGAAAAAAUCACAGCGCUUAUGGAUAAGGAAUUGCUUGUAGAAGUUGUCUCUCUUGUGGGUUUGAUAGAAGAGUUUUGUAAGAGACCGGACCCUUUGCAUGUCGAAGGUAACAAAUUGGUCGAAGAGAUCAUGGGUUUUGUUUGUGAGGAUCAUUUCUCGGCAAUCAACGAGGUUUCCGUUCGAGUCAGUGAGUUUAGGGAGAGGCUGGGUGGACUGAGUUUCGGUGAAUCGGUCGAGUUGGUUUGUGCUCUGACAAGGUUAGAGAAUUGCAAAGAGAGAUUGUACGAGUUGUCCACCAGAAAAAGGUCAGUGAUGGACAGCUUUUGGUGUUUGAUUGGGGAGAUUAAGGAAGGGGCUGGGAUGGAGAAGGAUGAGGGGAAGUUGAUGAUUAGGGUGAGAAGUGAGAAGGCGGGCGAGUCAGCUCGGUAUGGUGAGCGAGUUCUGAUCAGAUCACGGGACUCGGUCCGGUUUUCUUCAGGGAGGUUUCCUUUUCACGUUCCAGAGUCGAUGGAAUCAUGGCAAAUGCAAUGAUGUGAAAAUUUCCAUGUAUAUAUGCUUUCGAGUCCAAGUAUAAAUAUUUAUUAUUUAAUCAGUAUAAUUUUGGGUAAUAUCUGAGAUUAAUUUUGCUCAUACGAGUUAUGGUUGCUGCUGAUGAGACACUCGAUCGGAUCAUAUAUAGGUACUGCGCAGAGACGAAUGCAGGGGAGAGAUGAACCAUGUUUAUAUCUGGAGAACUUCAUCUUCUUUUCUUUCUGUAAACUGGGUGGGGUGGGGGCGGGGACAUCCUCUUUGACUUGUGUAUAAUAUGUGAUUUUUGAGGGGUCUCUUGUCGGCUUUAACUUUUCACUUGAGAUUGCCAAUUCAUUAGAUAUUAUUUACUGUUUGGAUAAGAAGAAAGGAUAAUAAAAAUGAAGUACGUGAUUUGAUGUUAUACCA